CUAGUGAGCUCCCUAUCUAGACAACAUAUUUGGACGUCGUUCUUCUGGGCAUCGUAUACGUUUCGAGUGGCUUUCAGCGUCUCAGACCCAUACAUGCUGUCUACCUAUGCAACUCCCUAGGAUUUGAGCGGCAGCCGUCGUCAGCAGUUCAACAUCAUCGCACUGACGUGAUCUGCUAAGGCAGUGCAUGCUGAACUUUCUGCUGCCCAAGAGAACAAAACGGAUAUUGAUAAGUCAACCAUCAGUUUCACUUCGUGUAACUCACAAGGACUCAACAGCAGACGGAUUUCUUUCCUUUUUGGUAAAUGAAGUCCCACCAAGUGUGGAACGGAGAAGCGACGUCGGCCUUGCUGUAAAAGAAAAGCUUCAAACUUUUGAGAAUAAAUCUAAUUCUCAGUGGCUUCAAGUGUCGGACUUUGAUUUCCCCAGCAGCGUGUUUGGAGUCGUGCUGGUUUGGCAGAAAUGGGGACGCGGAUACGUUCCCAUAAACUCACUCUUUUUAUCAUCCCUUUGAUAUUUACAUCGCAUUUGUUUAAUGUGGUUCAGAGCUCUAAAGUGUGGGAUGAGGUGCCUUUCCCAGAUGGUUUAGAGGAGGAAAACAUGCGGCCGGGAGGUUAUGUGGAUGAUGAAGAGUACUAUGAUCCUUCAGGAGAUGUUAGUGGAGAAGAGGAUGGAAGCACCCCUGAGCCGAGCACAGUUGAUCCAGACACACCUAUAACAAUUUACUAUCGGGCACUGGUGAACUUCACAAACUCAUUCCAAUAUGGGCCUGAACUUGAUGACAUCUCCUCUCCUGCUUUCAUGGAGAUAUCAUCUGCUGUCGUUGAUACGCUUGAGUCUGACUACAACAGGAUACCAGGACAGCAGACCGUCAAUGUGGUUCUCAUUAAGAAAAUUGACAAAGAUGUGUUUGUGGAGCUGGACGUCGGCUCGGAUAAUAACUUUAAUGAAACACAGAUCAGAGAUGUCCUGUUCUCCGUGGUUAAAGAGGGCACCAUUGCCUCUUACGAUACCUCAGUAAAAGGCUUCCAGUUCAGACGUCUUGGAGAAGUGAUUCCCAGUGCCAGAGAAUGUUUGUCAGAUGAGUUCAGAUGUCAGGAUGGGCUUGCGUGUAUCCCUGUGGUGUAUGUGUGUGACAAACGGCCUGACUGCAGUGACUUCAGUGAUGAAACGAACUGUGUUGUUCCUGUACGUCCUACUCCACCUACGCCUCCUAAAACCAGACCCCCACCUGGCCCAGGACCCUGCCGUGCAGACCAGGCCACCUGUCAGAACGGACAGUGCAUCUCACGGGACUACGUGUGUGAUGGGGAAACAGACUGCGCUGACGGCAGCGACGAGUUCAAUUGUGGAACUCCGACUCCCUGUGAACCCAAUGAGUUUAAGUGUCAGAACGGCCGCUGUGCUCUGAAACUGUGGCGUUGUGAUGGGGAUAAUGACUGUCAGGACAACUCAGAUGAGAUGAACUGCCCCACUAAAGGUCCAGGGGACACAUGUGCCCCAGAGCAGUUUGUGUGUUUGUCUGACCGCACAUGCAUUCCUGCCAGCUACCAGUGUGACGAAGAGCCGGACUGUCCCGACCGCUCUGAUGAAUAUGGCUGUGCACCUCCCGUUGUGACCGUCCCACCAGAAGAGUCCAUUGUAGUAUCGCGGGGGGAAACUGCAACCUUUACUUGUUCUGCCAUUGGUGUGCCUGUUCCCAUCAUCACAUGGCGUCUUAAUUGGGGACACAUACCAACCAGCAGCAGAAUCACAACGAGCAGUGAGAAUGGGCGAGGGACGCUCACCAUCCGUGACGUGAAGGAAGGUGACCAGGGCGCGUACAGCUGUGAGGCCAUCAACGCUAAAGGCCUAGUGUUUGCCAUUCCCGAUGGGGUCCUCAGCCUGUCUGAGAGACCAAAACCAGAUACUGCACCAGCUCCAUAUGUUGUGUCAUCCUCUCUGUACGUGUUAGCAGGUAAAUGCCAUGAUGGGCACUUUAGCGUGGGCCAUCACUGCAUGCCAUGCUUCUGUUUUGGCAUCACAAAGAACUGUCAGAGCACCGGUCGCUACCGCAGCCAAAUCACACUGCGCUUCACAGAGGAGUAUGACUUCAAAGGAGUCAAUGUGUCACUUCCUAAUCAUCUAAGCACUCCACCCCAUCUCUUCAACACUCAGAUGUUGAUCAAUCCAGAGAGUGAGGAGUUCCAGCUAGUGGAUCUUUCUCGCCAUUUCCUCGAACAAGAAUCUUAUUGGACUCUGCCUCGCCAGUUCCUGGGCAACAAGGUCGACUCGUAUGGAGGUCAUCUGAAGUUUAAGGUGAGAUACUCACUGCAGCAAUAUGGAUCUCAUCCAAAGGAGAAACCUGAUGUUGUGCUGAGCGGCAACGGGCAGAAACUUAUUUACCGUAGAGGCGACCCCACUUCACCUGACACAAUCAACCAUAGAGAGAUCAAGUUUACAGAGGAAAACUGGCAGCACUCUUCAGGAAGAGCAGUAACUCGUGAUGACCUCAUGAUGACCUUGGCCAGCUUGGAGCGCAUCCACAUUCGCACCAUUUAUGAUAACCACAUGUCCAGUGUCAGUCUGAGUGACAUCAGCAUGGAUACCACCACAAAAGAGUUCACCCCGCAGGGGACCCCGGGACACGUGGAGGAGUGCAGAUGUCCUGCUGGGUAUUCAGGCCUGUCUUGUGAGUCCUGCUCCCCUGGUUUCGAGCGGAUACCUGGACCCCACCUGGGCAUCUGUGCUGGCUGCAACUGCAAUGGUCAUGCCAGUGCCUGUGACCCCAUUAGUGGACACUGUCUGAGUUGUCAGCAUAACACAGAAGGACCUCUGUGUGACAAAUGCAAGCCAGGCUUCUUCGGUGACCCAAGUCGAGGACAAUAUGAUGACUGCAAACCCUGUCCUUGUCCAUACACAGAGACGUCUCGACGGUUUUCAGAUACUUGCUUCCUGGACCAUGACAAGCAGCCAACAUGUGACGCCUGCAGACCCGGUUACACAGGGCGACGUUGUGAGAGAUGUGCUCCAGGAUAUGUUGGCGACCCUAUUCAGCCCAACGGCAAAUGUGUCUUUUCUACUAGCCCAAAGUGUGAUAACAGAGGAACCAUCAAUCCCAUCAGCCAACCAUGCUACUGCAAGGCCAAUGUGGUUGGUGCUCUUUGUGAUGAGUGUAAGAAUGGCGCUUUUAAUUUGGCGGCUGAAAAUCCUGAAGGUUGCUUGCCGUGUUUCUGUAUGGGAGUUACAAAACAGUGUGCCAGUUCAACCUGGCGUAGAAACCAGGUUCGAGGUGGUGUCAAUGGCCAGCUCUUCACCCUUUCCAAUGCAGCAAACACUAGGACCAUCUCUGCGGGCAUCACCCAGAGAGCAAGUACAGAGGUGGUCUACCGAUCCUUCACCAGUAUCCCUAAUGACAUCUACUACUGGGUCCUGCCUCAGAAUUUUAGAGGGGACAAGGUCACAGCAUAUGGUGGAGAACUGCAGUACAGGAUGCAUUAUGAGACACAGGCUCGUUCACUAGUGAUUGAUAGACAACCUGAUGUGGUUCUCCAAGGCAACGGCAUCUCCCUGGAGCAUUAUUCACAGACCAAACCACUUCCUAGAGUACCAGCCACCAUCACUGUGAAUUUUAGAGAGUCUGCAUGGAGACGGUCAGAUGGACAGCCAUGUACUAGAGAGCACCUGCUGAUGGCUUUGGCAGAUAUCAGCUUAUUUAUGAUCAGAGCGACUUAUGCAGACAAUAUGGCUGAGAGCCGUAUCUCAAAUAUACAAAUGGACAUUGCAGUGCCCCAGCCUACAGGAAACGAGAGGGCUCUGGAGGUGGAGGAGUGUUCCUGUCCUCAAGGAUACACAGGACCUUCUUGCCAGGACUGUGAUGUCGGCUACACCCGUACACCGGGACUUUAUCUUGGCACCUGUGAGAAGUGUGACUGCCACGGGCAUGCCAGUGACUGUGAUUUAGACACUGGAGGAUGCCUGAAUUGCCUACAUAACACUGUUGGGAGGCGUUGUGAAAACUGCCUCCCUGGUUUCUAUGGAAAUCCAAGGACUGGUGAUCCACAGGCAUGUAGACCCUGUCCUUGUCUAGGACACUCUAGUAGCCAGCCUUUAUCUUGUUACUUGGACUCAGAUGAAGAGCCCACGUGUGAAUGUCCUGUUGGUUAUACUGGAAGACGCUGUGAAAGAUGUGCCCCAGGAUAUACUGGCAAUCCCCAACUUGGACAAAGAUGCACUCCAGGCGACGAUAAUGGUGAUUGUUACCGAUGUGACCAAAGUGGUAGCGAGGGAUGUAGCGGCACUGGAAUCUGUCGCUGCAAGAUGAACGUUGAGGGUUCAACAUGUUCCACUUGCAAGCAAGGGACCUUUUACCUCAGUCCUGCUAACAAAGAUGGCUGUCUGUCCUGCUUCUGCAUGGGCGUCACCCAGCAGUGCUCCAGCUCCAGACACUAUAGAGAUGUGGUUUCCACCAUUUUUGUCCCUGGCAACUACCAAGGUUUUGCUCUUGUAAACCGCCAGCGCACCAACCGAGUUGAUGGCGGCUUCUCCGUAGAGCUGUCCACAGAUGGAACACAACUCUCCUACACUAACUUUGACUAUCUUGGACAGGAGCCACACUAUUGGCAGUUACCCAGCAUUUAUCGUGGAGACAAGGUUGGUGCGUAUGGUGGAAAGCUGAAAUACACUAUCUCCUUUGUGCCAGGACCCCGAGGUUCUCCAAUAGAAGAUGCCGAUGUUCAGAUUAUUGGUAAUGACAUCACACUGGUGGCACGGCAACCAUGGAGAAGGGGGCAUGGAGCCAGAGAGUCACAGGACUUUGAGAUUGUUUUCAGAGAGGAACACUGGCAGCGUCCCGAUGGCAUGCCGGCAACCCGGGAACACCUGAUGAUGGUGCUCGCAGACCUCGAUGACAUCUUGAUCCGUGCCUCGUAUCACACAGAGAUGCGCUCCUCCAGUAUUUCAGGGGUCCUCAUGGAUACCGCUGUGCCGGAGUACACUGGCCUGGCCCAGGCUUUGGAGGUGGAGCAGUGCCAGUGUCCUCCCGGUUACCAUGGUCUGUCCUGCCAGGACUGCGCUCCUGGAUACACUCGCACAGGAGGAGGCUUGUACCUUGGCCACUGUGAGCCGUGUGAAUGCAAUGGCCACACAGACUCCUGUCACCCAGAGACUGGCAUCUGCACGAACUGCCAACACAACACCAUGGGUGAGCUCUGUGAACAGUGUGUCGACGGCUUCUUUGGAGAUCCAACUGCUGGAACCCCUGAAGACUGCCAAGCAUGUGCCUGCCCCGGCACUGACCCUGACAACCAGUUCUCUCGUACCUGUGAAAGUCUGGGUAACGGAGGCUACCGGUGCACUGCCUGUCAGCCCGGCUACACUGGCCAGUAUUGUGAACGCUGUGCGUAUGGUUAUGUUGGAAAUCCACAAGAGAGAAUCCCCUGCCGUAGUGCUGCUGCGACUCUGGAGGUGAAGGUGAUUCCAGAAAGGGUUCAGGUGGCGCAGGGAAUCCCAGUCACUCUCAGGUGCCAGGUGUCUGGAUAUCCACCACACUAUUUCCACUGGUCUCGUGAGGAUGGACGCCCAAUCUCCAGCACAGCAGAGAGACGCAGACAAGGAGCGGAGUUGCAUUUCCCCAGUGUGCUGCACAGUGAUGCUGGCAUUUACAUCUGCACCUGCCAAGACCAGCGCAGCUCCAAUCGAAGCAAAGCAGAGAUUGUUGUUACAACCUUACCAUCCAAACCGAUUGAAGUCUUUAUUGCGGAGCCCAAAUCACAGCGUGUGAAUGUGGGAUUUACAGUGAGCUUCGUCUGCACAGCCAAAAGCAAACUGCCAGCGUACACAAUUGUUUGGACCCGCCAGGGCAUCGACAAGCUGUCUAACCGGGCCAUGGAUUUCAAUGGAAUCCUGACCAUUCAGAAUGUGCAGCCUGAGGAUGCAGGCAUCUAUAUUUGCACGGGCUCCAAUAUGAUUGGAAUGGAUGAGGGCACAGCCAAACUCAAUGUCCCAGAGGCUUCUCAGUCACAGAUGUUUUACACAGCCUAUGAGAUGUUUGAAGGACAUAGAAAGCCUACUGAAGGCGCCCAGCCGGUGGCCGCAGUGAAUCCACCUGUGCUGACAGUCCAACAGGGCCAGCGGGCAGAGUUCCACUGCACAGUGACCGGCAACCCCACCCCUGCUGUGGAAUGGAUAGGUGGUCCUGGAAAACGAAUUGGGUCAAACGCUGUCAUUCGUAAUGGGCUGCUGACCAUCCCAUCGGUGGAUCAUGUGGAUGAGGGCGAGUACAUUUGCAAGGCUCUGAACACACAUGGCGAGCACACAGCCCGAGGAGUUCUUCAUGUUCAAAGUACAGGUCAAUCUCACGGUCUACCCCACGUACAAGUGAGCCCUCCACGGGUGGAAAUUCACGAGGGUGAAACUUUACGGGUGUAUUGCAGGGCCGUUGGCAGUCCAACCCCUGCCCUGACAUGGAAGAAGAGAGGUGGUUCACUGCCGCCACAGGCAAUUCCUUCUCACGGUUUCCAUCAAUUUAAAAGCAACAGUCUCGAUGUGUUACAGAGACGUAUUGAGGAGCUACAGGCCCGCGUGGAGCGCACUGACCUCAGCACUCUCUUCAUACCCAAUAUCAGGUCAUCUGAUGCAGGAACAUAUCUCUGUGUUGGAACCAACACUGUUGGUUCUUCAGAAGCACAUAUUGAUGUCUUUGUCAGCAGAGGACAAAUCAUCCCCUCUGGAGUCACCAUCCAGCCCUCUAUUGCUUCAGUAAUGGAGGGAGAGACUCUAGAUCUCAAUUGCAUUGUCCCAGGAACUUCUGCAGCAUCGGUCAGAUGGAGCAGGGCAGGCGGCCUGCUGUCAUCCAAUCAUCAGGUUUUGGGAACUCAGUUGCGGAUCCUGCAGGCCUCUGCAGAUGACACUGGAGAAUAUAUCUGUCAGGUGGAGGGUGGCCCAUUCCCCCAUCAGGCUUCUGUAUCGGUGUCUGUGACGCCCCUAGGUCUCCAGAACCCCAUUAUCUUCAUUGAGCCUCACAGCGCAUCAGUGAAGCAGGGCGAAUCAGUGAUCUUCAGAUGCAGGAUUCACAGCGGAGCCCAGCCGGUGCAUUUGGAAUGGAAACCCACCAACAACCUGCCCCAGCCAGAUAAUGUGAAUAUUGGACCUGGCAAUUCAGUCAUGACUAUAACCAAUGCUCAAGCCAAAAACCAGGGCACCUAUCGCUGCGUGGCCAGCAACCUGUUUGGAAUGACUGACAGCAUUGCAUCACUCAUUGUGAGAGAAUCUCCUAGGGCUGUAGUGACCCCUGCAGGACCGGUGCGAAUCAGGAUCGGCGAUCCCAUUAAUCUCGAAUGCCAGGCUGCUGGAGAGCCAAGACCCUCUGUCAGAUGGCACAGACUGGACAACAACCGCAAGAUGAUACUGAGCAGCCCCGUGCCGGCCGAUUCCAGUGCUUUCAUGCAGAUCUUAGUUGCACGGCCUGAAGACAGUGGCACUUAUGUGUGCACUGCACAGAACAACCAAGGCACAACUGAAACUCGAGUGGAGGUGUUUGUUGAAGGAGGGCCUCAGGUGCCGACUGUUCCCCAUGCCAGCGUACGUGAGCCUAUGAUAGUUGUGGUAGAGGGAUCAACUGCAACACUUCAUUGUGAUGCCCAUGGAUUCCCAAAGCCCACCAUCACAUGGUCUAAAGAACGGUCUUCUUUGCCUUGGAGACACAAAGUUGUUGACAACAGUCUGAUCUUAACUAAUGUGGGCCGUCAGGACUCUGGUCAAUAUCUCUGCAACGCCACUAACCACAUGGGCACCAGUGAAGUCACCAUCAUGCUGGAAGUAGACACCCCACCCUAUGCCACUUCCUUGCCCGAUGACGUGUCCGUGCGAGUGGGUGAAGUAAUCCGACUGCAGUGCCUGGCCCAUGGCACUCCGCCCCUGCGAUAUGAGUGGACCAAGGUCAAUGGCAGCUUGCCUCCUACUUCUCAGCAGCAACGAGGAGACCUCCAGAUCAAUCUGGCCAAAGAGAGCGAUGCUGGGACAUACAAGUGUGUGGCCAGCAAUAAGGUUGGCAAGAGUGAAGCGCUGGCCAGAGUCUCUGUCCGAUCACCCCUGUCAGUGAAAGUGUCCCCACAGGUGGAGGUGAAGGCUGUGGGCAGCGCUGUGGAGUUCACCUGUGCUGCUAAAGGAGGGUCUCACAUUGAGAUUGAGUGGCUGAAGGAGGGAGGAUUUCUUCCACCAAAUCAUCACAUUAAAGACGGAGUGCUCAGGAUCGAGAACCUUGAGCAAAGCAAUGAGGGAAUCUAUACCUGCAGAGCCACAAGUCUGUUUGGACAGGCUCAGGACAGUGGCAAACUCACCAUUCAAGCUCUACCCAAAGUGAUGAUCAACGUGCGCACAUCAGUACAGACGGUGAUGGUGGGCAGCUCAGUGGAGUUCGAGUGUCAUGCGAUCGGUGAUCCUGAGCCCACGGUGCGCUGGAGUAAAGUGGGAGGCUCUCUUCCUGUCCAUGUGGAGAUAAGGGGGAACAUCCUGAGGAUAGUUCGUGUUGCCGAGUCAGAUUCAGGACAGUACCGCUGCACCGCCACUAAUAAUGUUGGCUCGGAGUAUAGCCAGGUGCUCCUCAAUGUCCAGUCCUUGCCUCAGAUUUCUGAACAUCCUGAGUCAGUGGAAGUAGCAGUUGGCUCUGAUGCCGUCUUGUCUUGUAUUGCGUCUGGAUACCCAGUCCCAACCAUCACAUGGUCAAAGGUGGAGAAUGAGUUACCCCCUAAGUGCAGACACGAUGGACAUGUCCUGACAGUCCCUAGUGUCACACACUCAGAUGCAGGAAAGUAUGUGUGUACAGCUGCUAAUAAGCAGGGCAAAGUUGAGGCCUUCACUAAACUCUUGGUUCAUGAGAGAGUGAUGCCCUAUUUUACCCAGGAACCACUCUCGUACCUCACACUCUCCACUAUCAAAAACCCCUACAAAGCAUUCAGCAUCAGUAUAACCUUCAAGCCAGACAAUGCUGAUGGGCUCAUUUUGUAUGCCGGUAUGAUUCUUUAUAAUGGACAAAUGAAGACCACUGGCGCUGAUUUCAUGUCUUUUGGGUUGGUGGGUGGCCGUCCUGAAUUCAGGUUUGAUGUGGGCUCUGGUAUGGCAAAUAUACGUUACCCUUUUUCCAUUAAACUGGGGGAGUUUCACACUGUGAAGCUGUAUAGGAAUCAGACUCGAGGCUCUCUUUUUGUGGAUGGAGAAGAUCCUAUAAAUGGAACCUCACAGGGAAAAUUCAAUGGCCUGGACCUGAAUGAGGAGCUUUUUGUGGGCGGUUAUCCAAACUACAGCAUGCUUGCUAAAACUGCAGGCCUCAAGACAGGGUUUGUUGGCUGUAUCAAGCAGCUGAUUAUCCAAGGUGAUGAGGUUAUUUUCAAGGACCUUAAUAAAAAUUCCAUCGGAGUUUCAAAUUGUCCCACUUGCAAGGACUUCCCAUGUAAGAAUGGUGGAAUAUGUGAGAACUCUACAGCCAGUCUUUACAAAUGCAGUUGCCAGAUAGGAUACACCGGAAGCAACUGUGAGCAUCAGUCUUCCUCGCACUGUCACACAGAGGCCUGUGGACAAGAUGCCACCUGUAUUAACCAACCCAGUGGUUUGGGCUACGUCUGCCGCUGUCACUUGGGCAAAUCUGGAAACAAGUGCAUGGAUGGUACCCUGGUAAGAACGCCAUUGUUUGAUGGAGACAACUCUUAUAUUGCAUAUCCUCCUCUUACUAAUAUUCACGACGACCUCCGGAUUGAGAUGGAGUUCAAGCCCAUGGGUUCAGAUGGGCUGAUGUUCUUCGGCGGUGGCAAAAAGAUGAAAGUGGAGGACUUUGUGACGUUAUCCAUGGUGGACGGACACAUUGAGUUCCGAUAUGAACUUGGUACAGGUCAAGCAGUUCUACGCAGUCAGGAGCCCGUGUCUCUGGGUCAGUGGCAUCGCGUGGUGGCCGAACGGCUCAAAAAAGAAGGUUCCUUGAAGGUGGACCAUGCACAAGAGAUCACAAGGUCCUCUCCAGGCAAUGCCCAGGGCCUUAAUAUCCAUACACCCAUGUAUCUGGGAGGAGUGCCCAGCAUGGACAUCCUGCCCAAACCCGCAAAUGUUAGCAUGCUCUUUGAUGGAUGCAUAGGAGAGGUCUUCAUCAAUGGAAAGAAGCUGGAUCUAUCAUACAGCUUCAUAGAGAGCAGAGCCAUCAGCCAGUGUAAAGAUGGCAACCCAUGUGACCGCAGGCCUUGUCUGCACGGAGGCACCUGUAUUGCCACUGCAGAGUACGUGUACAAGUGCAACUGCUCUGGAGGAUACGACGGUGACCGUUGUGAAAUAGUGAGGGAGAGCUGUCGAGACUCCUCUCAGUGCAAGAACGGUGGCAGUUGUGUGGAUAACCACUGUGUGUGUCCCGCUGGCUACACAGGUCGGCACUGUGAGAAAGGGCAGGAGUCCAGCUUCACCGAGGCACCGUGGAAUUUGGAGGGUAAUUGGGGAAAUGACUCUCCUAUUGAAUAUUCUGCAUAUUUCCAUGACAAUGGAUAUCUGGCUCUUCCAAAGCCUAUGUUCCCACGAAGUGCUCCUGACUUUCCAGAGACCAUUGAGUUAGAGAUCAACACUGCCUCUAAAGACGGCCUCGUCCUGUGGCAGGGAGUGGAGCCUGCAGGCGCUCUUAGCCUCCGUAAGAAGCAUGCUAGUAUAAAGGAACUGGGAAGUCAAGGAAAGGGGAAGGACUUCAUAAGUAUUGGUUUACAGAAUGGACAUAUUGUGUUUAGUUACCAGCUGGGCAGUGGAGAGGCUCAGAUUCAAUCCAGUAAGCCUGUCAAUGAUGGACGGUGGCACAUAAUCACUGCAGUCCGAACGGGUAAGCAGGGCUACCUUCAGAUCGAUGGAGGAUCUGUCCAACAUGGGCAAUCUCAAGGCAAAAGCAUCAUGGUGAACACCAAGGGUAAUAUAUACCUGGGUGGAGCUCCAGACAUGAAAGCAUUGACCGGUGGAAAGUACUCAUCAGGUAUCACAGGCUGUUUGAAGAACCUCUCACUGAUGAACGCUCGUCCGGGAGAACAUCCAGCGCGACCUAUCGACCUGCAGGUCCACACAGAGGAGGGCAUCAACGUGGAGCGCUGCUUAACAUAGACGCAGUACUAAAACACUAGCAGAGACUAUAGAAAAAUACACACACUGAGGAACAUGCAUCUCUCAGACGCUUACAGGACAAACUACAGUCACACUUACACAGAGAUAUAGACUAAUAUGUGUUUCUUGGUGCUUCACCGCAACCAGAAAAACACACAGGAAAGGAUUCUUUGCUCUGUGCUGCAUUAAACCAAAAAGAAAAAGAGAAAGACAAAUUAAUGAUAUUAACAAGUCUUCAGUAUUUCAGUGUUUUAUGCUCAAUCAAGGAACUACAGUAUUAACACAGAAGCUCUGUUUACGUACUCCGAACAGUAGCUUUUUACCCAUGAGAAAAAGAUGACAAAAAUGGUUUAAAAAAUAAACACGAUGAGCCUUCUAUGGUGGGUCAGAUCCUAUGGAAUCGGAGAUUUUUUACAGCACUGAAUUUUUAUUUAUAAGCUUAUUAAUCUAUAAAUAUUAUAUAUGUGGGGGAAAUACAAGCUAACAAUAACCUGCUCGUUUGUGUUGCUAGCAGUGAUUCUAGGCUCUAACAAUGCGUGUCUGAGGUUUAGUGCCCAAGCUGUGUUUAUACUUGAAGAUUCUGCUGCCUUCUUUUACUCUGUUUGAGGGCCGGUGGGGGCGAGCAUGCUAAGGAAAGGGUCUCUGUGAGGUCACAGCACAGAAGACAUCCAGACACAUCUCAGGUGAAGAUUGUUGCAAGAAAAUACAAGUUGGGAGAACAUAUAUACAGUGUUGACUGCAUACAUUAGAAAUGACAUACCUUCCAUGCUUGGAAACGUUGUGUCUGCUAAAUGUGUCUGGUAAUAUAAAAAAAAAUAUGGUGCUAAAUUCAGACAUGAUAAAGGCAACAAAACAAGCACAUAUUCAUAGUUUCAGUUUCUUAUAAUAUUCACCUCUCCGAAUGGGUCUUAUUUGUUGUAAGUAAUAAAAGCUGUAGCUUUACAGUAAAAUGAAAAACUGUUUACUAAUUACAAUAUUUUGUUUAUAUUUUUUUUAUUAAAAGAAUUAAAAUUAUUACAAUUCUCAUAGUAGAUGACAAAUGUUGCAUAAAAGACUGCAGCAGUUUUAAAUGUUUAGAAAGUCUUUAUUUUUUCAGUCUUAUCCGUUUUCCACAGUUUUGCUGUUUACAACCACACUAACAUAUUAUUUUAUGAUAGAUUUGUAUGAAUGGUUAAGUGAGGUGUCUUUUUUUUCAUUACGUUCAUAGUCUUACACAGUGUAUAUUGAAAAAAAAGAGGAAAUGUACGUUAGCUUCAAGAGCCUCCAGAGGGUUAAUGGAGAAAUCAGUCUCAAUCUCAGUCAGAGUGUACAGGAAGUUGUUUUUUCUGGCUGCUCUCAUUGCAUAGAAAAAUGAAUGUGAGUACAGAGGAAAUUGAGUAGAAGGUCUACAGAGAAAAUACAGCCUAGUUAAACCCCUCUUUUAUCAGUGCUGUGACUUGGAGCUCUAAUGAACAUGCUCGCCCACAUGGGCCAGACAGGGGUCAAAGGUCACUUUGGCCUCUUGUAUCUUUUUCACCAUUUUAUGACUAAGGCUUGUCUGUUAAUAUUCUUUUUAAAAAGGAGCAUUACUACUUAAAUAAAGUUGCUUUACUUUUAUUA